AAUCGAGUUGGGUAACAUCAGUAUCCUUGGAUAAGACGUAGCAGUAACUCGUCCCCACGCCUCCUGGCUGACUUCCUUUGCUAAAUACAUUAUCUUGCCUCUACAACAUCGGAUCCUUGUAUCACAGUACCUCAGUCAGGACAGCAUGACUGGCGGACUCAAGGGCGGCGAAACAGACGAGGAAUUUCCACAUUCGCCGUUUAUCAGGAAACAAGGGAACAUUUAUAAACCAAAUAACAAAGAAAUGGAUAACGACAGUUUUAACGAAAAGAAAAUGCAGGACAUCCACACAAAAGAAAUUGACCUGGUAAACCGGGAUCCUAAGCACCUGAACGACGACGUUGUAAAGGUGGACUUUGAGGACGUUAUUGCUGAGCCACCGGGCACUUACAGCUUUGAUGGCGUGUGGAAGGCAAGCUUCACCACGUUCACUGUGACCAAGUACUGGUGCUACAGGCUGCUGACAGCUCUGGUGGGCAUCCCCCUGGCACUGAUCUGGGGCAUCUUCUUCGCCAUCCUGUCCUUUGUGCACAUCUGGGCAGUGGUACCAUGCGUCAAGAGCUACCUGAUUGAGAUCCACUGCAUCAGUCGCGUCUACUCCAUUUGCAUGCACACCUUCUGCGACCCCCUGUUUGAGGCGAUGGGCAAGUGUUUCAGCAACAUCCGCAUCAGCACCACCAAGGAGGUGUAGUGGUUGGAGUUGGAGGAAGGAGAGGGGGUCGAAGGAGGAUGACAGGGAAUAAAGAUAGGGGGGGUGGGACCCACAAUACUUAUGGAGGGAAAGAAGAAGAAUAUAACAUAACAUCUCUAACAUGGAGAGUUUAGACGUUACCAGUGCUGGGCCCAUAUAGUUGUUGGAGAUUUAAAGGGUUGGAGUCACAUAGCACCGGGUCCUGUCUUCAAGUGUAUUGAAGAUGUUUUUCUCUCCCUCUCCACUGCUGGUUCAAGCAGGGGGGGGGGGGGGGGUUGGCCUUUGUUGUUUUUCUUUGUUAUUGUUCAUGUUUUCAUUUUUUGUCAAUCUUCAUUUGUUUAUGUUUAUCAUUGCAGGAGUGUCCUGCCAGGCUCCUCUCUGCAUUUUGACUUGUUAGUGUCCCAGCCCCUCCCCAUUUAAUUUCCAUUACUUCCUUCGAUUCCUAUGCAAUGUCUUGUGAUCUUGUAAUGAUAGCUUGUAAAAUGGGGUCAGCAUUAACUGAUGGGCUCAUGGGACAGGUUGUCAAUAUUGCUGCCCUUUCCGUAUCUGGCUGGGGGAUGUGUGUUCGGGGCUUUGUGGUGGUGUUGCGAGGGGUUGACCCUGCCACUGGGGACAUAGCUGACCAAUUCUACCUGACGCAGCAAAACAAGAAGCCAGCAGCCAAACAGAACAGAACAGAACUUCUCUCAGAACGGCCCUCACUGUCAGUCCUCUCCAACACCCCUCCCCCCUCCCGACAUGACCACCCCACCUUUGCCUGCCUCCCAGUCUAACACACUGAACCUGCCCUUGUUUCUGCAUACACCCCCCCCACACAUAAAGACACGCACAUGCUCGCCAUGCACAACUGUCAUCACCCUGCCAACACACUGUCUGCCUGUACAGCCACUAAGCAAGGCAAACUGCUUUGUGGGGCCAUCGUCAUAGCAAUCAAUUUCUGUCUCUCUCCCUCCCUCUCUCUCUGUCUCACUUUCUCUCUCUCUCUUACUUCAUCGGCAUCUGCUCUGUAUUACAUAUCAAGCAAGAGAGCCUUAAGUUUCACGAGCCAAUUCAUGGUAUUUGUUUGUAUGUGACAAAGAAUGUCAGCCUUUGAAUCUCAACAAAAUAUCACUUGAACUUACAGUAAAUAACACCUUGGAUAUCUUUAACCAUUUGAUGCCUUUUCAUCUCUGGCAAGGCUCAGAGCGUAAACAUUAAUAAAGCCUUGUUAUAGUUUAUGGUAAACACAUGCUUUUUUUCUACACUUAUAAAUAACUUUGUUUUGGAAUUCAUUCAAUUCUGUCUUUAUUUUUACAAGUUCCCAACCUUUUGUCAAUCCCUGACUAGUUUGUUCAAAUGCUUUGCCUGCCCACUGUGAACAUGUGCUGGCAAGGACGAGCGUCAAGCUGAUAUGUCCAAUCCCUGAGACUGCUGGUAAUGGGGAUGUAUUUAAUGCUGAUCUGAAGCUCAGUUUGACUCAGUCGAAUUUUGUCUACCUGUUUAUUAUAGCACAUGUUGCUUGAAUGAGUUAUUGUUAAAAACUCAAAGGUAUUUUUAUAUACAAUUAUUUUCCCUGCCUCCUUUUACUGCUUUUACUGUACAGACUGUAUCUCACAUCACGCUGUGCACAUUAAAAUGUUAUAUAAUCCA